UCAGUCGCAAAUUUAUUUUUUCGAGAGCCGCAAUCAAUAAAAAAUUCAAGCGGAAAGGACUUUAGUGAAAAAAAAAAAACUUUUUAAUUCCCUUCCUUUUUGCUGUGUCUGCUUGUCGUGCGAUGAUAAAAAAGAAUUAUUUUUGAAAGUGCUUUUCAUUAGUUUUGUUGUCACUAUUUUUAAAAAAAAAAUUCAAAUACGGACAUUUUUCCGCUACAGCUACUGACUGUUUUAUGAAAAAAAAGCUGCUUCAAAGAGCUUUUCUAUAAAAAAAAAAGAAUAUACACACAUAAAAAUAACAGUGAGAUGAAAUUGAUUUUGAUUUUGUCAGUCGCGUUUGCGGUUGUAAAUGCAAAUCCUGAACCACCAGUGAGAGCUCGUCAAUCACUUCCAUAUCCACCCCCACCAGCACCAGCAUUACUUCAGCAGUUGCCUAGACAAAUUGUACAAAAUGGUCCACCUCAAAUACCAUUGGCAUUUCCUCCUUCAGCAGCAAUAAAUGCUCCCAGAGAUAGCUAUGGAACUCCUGCACAAAGUUAUGGUCCACCACCUCAACAACCUAUAAUUACUAAAAAUGUUUACGUGCACUUGCCACCAGAUGAUGAAGAAGAUAUUCGUCAGCCACAAGUCAUUCAACCUCAAGCACCAAGAAAGCAUUAUAAAUUAAUUUUCAUUAAAGCUCCAGAACCACCAAGAUAUACAGCACCAACCAUUCCACCAACACCACAAGAUGAACAUAAAACACUUGUUUAUGUCUUAGUCAAGAAGCCAGAAGAACAGCCACAAAUUGAGUUGCCAAGUGUUGCACCCACAGAACCAUCUAAGCCUGAAGUAUAUUUCAUUAAAUAUAAAGCACAAGAAAACAAGCCAGCUCAAGGCUAUGGACCCCCAUCACCCCCACCAAAACCUGAAUAUGGUCCACCCCCACCUCCUAAUGGUGACUAUGGUGCGCCAUCAUUUUAAUUACAAUUAAUGAAAAACUUUCAAGCGAGAAUUCUCAUGACUACGUGCAUUUUGUAGCAAUUAAGUUGUAAGUUACGUAAAAAAAAACAAAAUAUUUUAAUGGUCAAAACAACCGUAAUUUUUAUCGUGAACCGACCAUAAAUACAAAGGAAAAAUAAUUAUUUUAAUUUAACAUGACAGUUAAUUGUAGUACAUGGCACAACGAUGAUUAUGUUGAACUGGUAAAUUUUUCAUGUUUUUUUUCGUGUUUUCUCUGGAGAGUGUUUAUCAUUUCCAGCCUCUGUGUACAUCCUCACCCUUCAAUAAAUUCGUUUAAGUGAGAAAUAUCGAAAACUUACAAGGAAAAUGCUCAAUUAAUUUAUAUGCGCAAGAAAUUAGCUGUCGUUAGUAAAAAAGUACCUCAAUAAAAAAGUAAUACAUUUAAUGGAAAUUUCAUGAAUUUUAAUAGAG